AUGACCCCCAAACCCUUCUGGGGCCCCUCCGGCUGCUGCAGGGGCCCCCCGAAGGCCAUUUUGCCUUUGCUGCUGGCCCUCAGCCUUGCCCAGGGGCCCCCCGAGCUGCUGCUGUACAGCAAAGCCAGCAGCUGGGGCGCUGCAGCGCAGCAGGAGCGCCCUGCGCCCAUUCCAGGGGCCCCAGGGGCCCCCCAGGGGCCCCCGGGGCCCCUGAAGACCCAGUCUUCUGCACACCAGCAGCCUCCAGCCCCCCUGGGCCUCGGGGGCCCCGGGGGGCCCCCAGGGGCCCCCACUGAGGGUUUAAAUGCCCCUGCUGGCUCAUCUGAGGAGCUGAGGGCCCUCUCAGGGGCCCCGGGGCCCUCUGUGGGGCCUUACGGGGGAAGUGGGGCCCCCGGGGGGGCCCCCCCUCGGCCUGUGGGGCCCCUGACAGGAGAAUUUGGUGCUGCUGCUGCUGCUGCUGCUUCAAGGCUGCCUCCUGGAGAGGGGGGCCCCCUUGCUGCUUUUAGAGGGGCCCCCCUGCUGCAGCAGCAAAGCGCAGCAGCAAAAUGGCCUGCAGGCAGCGCAGCGGGGGCCCCCCUAGAGGGGGGGGCCCCCCUAGAGGCUGGGGGCCCCUCGCAGCCCUUAAGUGAGGGCCAGUUGGUGGGCGCUGGGCAGGGAGAGCAGCAGCAGCAGCAGCAGCAGCAGCAGCAGCAGCAGCAGCAGUUGCUGCAGCAGAAUGCACUGCGGCUGCCGCCGCAGCAACGGCCGCAACAGCAGGCCCAGCAGCUGCUGCAGCCACAGCAGCAGCAGCAGCCGCAGCAACAGCUGCUGCAGCCUUCAAGCCCACAGCAGCCUCCGGAAGAAGGCCUUGCAGCAGCAGCAGCAGCAGCAGCUGCAGCAGCAGCAGCAGCAGCAGCAGCUCCACAGAAUGGACCCUCUUGGGCUCCGCUCACAGCCAAGCCAGCAAACCCACAAAGCCUUGCGGGGGCCCCCGCAGCAGGGGCCCCCGGGGGGCCCCCUUCUUUGGAGGGGCCUCAGGGGGCCCCUGUGGGGCCCCCUGGGGCCCCUCCAAUGGCUUUUCCGGCUUCUCCAGGGGCCCCCUUGAGGGGCCCCCCAGGGGCCCCUCAAGACCGCCUGCCAGGAGCUGUUCUGGGGGCUGAAAAAGAGGCCCCAGAAACCCCCUCAGGGGCCCCCACGGGGGCCCCCACAGGGGCCCCCACAGGGGCCCCCACCGGGGCUCCGGCAGGGGGCCCCAGGGGGGCCCCUACGGGGGCCCCCUCAGAGGUCACCACAGGGGCCCCUGCAGGGGGCCCCACGGGGGCCCCUGCGGAGGUCUUGGGGGCCCCUGAAGCGGCUUCACCGGGGGCCCCCCCAAGUACCCUCGCAGCUGACUCCAUGGGGGCCCCUUCAGGGGCCCCUGGCAGCAGCAGCUCAGCUGCUUCUCCAGAAGCCCCAAAAGCCCCAGAGGGGGCCCCCACUAAUGCCGCAGCAGCAGGACCUGGGGGGGCCCCUGAAGGGGCCCCCAAAGAGGCCCCUAAAGAGGCCCCCGGAGGGGCCCCCAAGGAGGCCCCCUCAGGGGCCCCUGAGGGGGCCCCCUCAGGGGUCCCUAGGGUGGCCCCCUCAGGGGCCCCUGAGGGGGCCCCUGGGGGGGCCCCUGAGGGGGCCCCUGGGGGGGCCCCUGAGGGGGCCCCUGGGGGGGCCCCUGGGGGGGCCCCCGGGGGGGCCCCCAGGGGGGCCCCCCGUUCGUUUUGGGAAGCAGUAGUGGGGGCCCUGGGUUGUGAGGGAGUUUUGCCAGCUUCCUUGGGGGCCCUCUUGGGGAGUUUGCUGCUGCUGCUGCUGACGGGGGCCCUCGCAGCAACGGGGGGUACUGGGGGCGGGGCAGUCUUUUUGGCUGUUCUUUUGGGGGCCCUCAAGCUGCGGGUCCGAGACGCAAUUCCCUUGAGCAAG